UCACUGCCCUGGCCGACGCAUGCCCUAGUCCUAACUUAUUGGCCAUGUCCAAGUUCACCCCAACACCAGCAGAGGUUGCGGUCAUCAACCAGAUAUUCGCCCAGGCAGACACCCAGAAGCUCGGUGUCAUUACGGGCGAGGGCGCCGUCAAGAUAUUCAGCGGUUCGAAGCUCUCCCCCAGCGUGCUCGCGGAGAUUUGGAACAUCGCGGACGAGGACAACAAUGGAGUGCUUACUCGCAAGGGCGUUGGCAUUGCAGUGCGCCUGCUCGGACACGCGCAACGCGGCGAGACGAUCUCAGAGGCAUUGAUGUACAAGCCUGGCCCACCGCCCACUAUCGAGGGUCUGCCACCCGUAGCAGUGCCGUCGAGUUUCGGAGUCCCUCCUGCGAAGUCGCCGCCUCCCACUGUGCCCGGUCUCCCUCCACUCACACCUCAGGACAAGGCCAAGUUUCUCAAGCUCUUUCUGGGAUGCCACCCCACGAACGGCCUCCUCAGCGGCGAGAAGGCACGAGAUGUUUUCGUCAAGUCUAAACUACCGGUCGAUAAGCUUUCACAAAUAUGGUCACUCGCCGAUACCAAGAGUCGCGGUUCCUUGGACGCGACCGACUUCACGAUCGCCAUGUACCUCAUCCAAGCGUCCAUGUCGGGACAGCUUCAGACUAUCCCCCCUACACUACCACCCUACGUAUACGAACAAGCAAGGAACGGUGUCGUUCCACAAGCUACUGGUGACAGCUCACACAUAAGCCCCUCCUUUACGGGUGGAUUCUCCAACCGUCCAAUCCAGCCGCAGUAUACAGGACAGGCGCUCUCGCAGAUCCAGGCGCAAAUGACCGGUCAGACGUUCUCGUCAAUUCAGCCGCAAAACACCGGUACCUUCAGGCCGACGCCUGCACCUCCAUUGCCUGCGCGGUCCGCAGUCUCCCCUAGCUCCCCGUUCAUCCCGCAACAGACAACUGGCGCACAAUGGGACGUCACUCCGCAGGAGAAGGCUAACUCUGACCGCAUCUUCGAUAGCCUUGAUCCGCAGAAACGGGGUUACAUUGAGGGUGAUGUAGCUGUGCCAUUCAUGUUGCAGUCCAAGCUGCCGGAAGAGGUGCUUGCUCAAGUAUGGGAUCUCGCUGACUUGAACAACGACGGUCGUCUUACUCGUGAAGGGUUCGCGGUCGCCAUGCACUUGAUUCAAGGGAAGCUCGCCGGCAAGGAGAUACCCACGGCCAUCCCUCAGUCGCUCGUUCCACCGUCGAUGCGUGGUGCCCUUGGUGCUGCUCCCUCUCAGCCACCGCAACCCGCAGUUCCAGAGGCUAUCAAAGACUUACUUUGGGAUGACUCCCCGCCUCCGUCUGCCACAGCACCCGCUCCACCCUCGAUCUUCCAACCUCAGUCCACGGGGUCAAUAUUGCAGGCACAGAGCACCGGCUCAAUCCUACAGACCCAAAAUACCGGUCGUCCUACUCCGGCCAUGUCGCCGCCACCGCGCACUCAGCCGUCCGUGGUCUCUGAUCCGUUUGCGAGCAGUCCGUUCGGUUCAAAUGCCGCCGUCUCGAGUCCCGCCAAGGAUCUGCUUAGUGACGAUGACGAGCCGCAUACAGCUUCCCCUCCCCUCCAAGACCAGUCUGCCGAGAUUGGCAACGUCAAGAAUCAGUUCUCUUCUACCAAUCGCUCACUGGAAACCGCGAAGAACGAGCGUGCCACCAUCGAGCGUCAGCUAUCGGAGCAGGCUGCCCUUCUCUCCAGCUUACAAACGCAGCUCUCCUCCGCUAAAGCGGCUUACGAUACCGAGACGAAGCUGCUCAGCACCCUCAAGGAGCGCUAUGCCGCCCAGAGCGCCGAUAUUCAGAAAACCCGCGAGGAGCUCAUUCACGCCGAAAGUGAUCUUAGCGCCACGAAGGAAGAGAAGGCUGAGGUCGAAGGUGCGCUCUUGCGCGAACGGGAGGAGGUCCGCGAUCUGCAACGCAGGAUGGCGGAGACCGGCACCUUGAUCGAGAGCACUAAGGCAGAGCUUGAGAAGGUUCGCAAGGAGGCGAAGCAGCAGAAGGGUCUGCUGGCCAUCGCUAAGAAGCAACUUGCGACAAGGGAAGCGGAGAAAGCGAAGGUCGACAAGGAACUUGAGGAGGCGACCGCAGAGCUGCAGGGCAUCACUAAGGAGCGUGAAGCUGUGGAGGCCGAGCUGAACAAGGAGGAAGUCCCUGCAGCUCAUACGAAUGGACAUGUCUCAGGCACGGCUACCCCUGACUUAGCCUUCGCAGCCGCGCAGCCCCUACCAUCCUCGCUACCGACGUCUCCAGAUGUCUCGCCUCCACCCACCAAGAGCAAUAACCCCUUCGAAAGACUGGCGCUUUCUGGCAGCCCACGCCCUGAGUCGCCCUUCCUUCCGUUCGCGGCCACGUCUGCCCUCCCGACCCCGCCGACGGCUCCCGCCACUCAGGCACAGCCUGCUGCCGAAGAUCCCUUUGGGUUCAAUCAUGCUUUCGAUGCACCGGAGGAACCUCUCAAGCCUGAGGUCCCUGAACCAAGCACGCCCAAGGCGACUACUCCUGCUCCGCUUACCAUUGGCUCUCCGAAGUCGUCGGAGAUCAUCUCCCCCGCUGAGACUGACUUGUUUUCGACACCUCCCACUACAGCCACUGUCCCCGAGCAUACCAGUACUGAUUCGUCCCCGGAGCAGCCAUCGGAGGCGGCACGGUUCCCAGCCUUGGACGAGAUUACGGCCGAUGACAGCGUGUCGACACCUACUGCUCCCCCGAAUGCGACCUUGGCUAGCCAGCAGCCAGAUCAUGAGGUCGACACUGAUUUGACGCAUGAGUUGAAGGAGGUCGAGGAGUCGGACAGCGAUAGCAGCAGUGACGAGGAAGAUAACGAGCCGCUCACUGCGGUAAAGGCCAAGCUCACUGAGAACGCGCCCGCGCAGACCAACGGUUUCUCGACUUCCGGCACCUCCGCUUUCGACGACUCGUUCGGGGUCUCUGACUCUAAUGACCUGCCCAAGCAAGCUGCGCCUGGGGCGGCCGUCCCCAAUGAGGACGUGGCAACCAUGUUCCUCACCCCCGCUACGGCCAAGGAGCCACCCCCUUCUGAAACCAUUCCUGCCGUCGCUUCCCCGAAGGCCAAUGGUGCGGCCACCCUAGGUGUCAAUGAGUUCGACCAAGCUCUUGGCAAGCUACCAGGCGUUGACGGCGGCGCACCUUCCCCGCAAUUCCCUGGGGGGUUUGGUGAAUUUGACUCCGCGUUCGAAGACAACUUCGAUUUCGCGGCCGCGUCGGCCGUUCAGACGACGCAGUCCUCCGCCAUCCCUUCUCCUGCGAGCGCUGCGUUCCCGCCUGCGCCUACCUCCACCAAUACGAGGGGUACGAGUUUUGAUGACGUCUUUGGGACGAAUGCGGGCCCUACGUCAGCGUUCGCGCCCGCGCCCGCUCCUGCCCUCCCAACGUUCUCUCCUGUCGCCAGUGCCAGUCUGCCACAGCCUGCCCAAUCGCUUUCGUUCGACGAUGCCUUCGGCGCCACGUCUCAGUCCACGCAAGCCUUGGCUGCAAGCACUUCCUCGCAGAGCAACGGCACUCACAGCGGCUUUUCUUUUGAGGACGCAUUCGGCGGAGAUGAAGGCGUACUCUCCCUUGACAAUUCUUUCACCACCCAAUCAUCGUAUCAACCUCCUCCUGGCCCGCCUCCUGCUAGGCCAGCUCAGCAGCCUUUCCCCUCCUCCUCACCGCUCUCCUCUCCCCGCGGGUCGAGCUCGACGCAGCAUGGCGAUAGGCGUUCCUCCUCGCCUUCAGCACGUCAGACAUCGCCACCGGCUCGUCAUGCUUCUCCCCCUCCACGCCACUCAUCGCCGAGACCUCGUCCUUCGACGGCUGAGUCAAAGGAGAAGGCAGCCGCGACUAGACAUAACAGGCUGAGCAUCCGCUUGCCAUUUGGGAGGAAGAAGAAAGAAAAGGAUGCUCCGCCGGUGCCUGCGCUUGCCCAGCAGCAGAUCGUCGAGGAUCCCACACCUGCCGUCGAGGACGACGUAGAGGCGGUGAAGACGCUUUGUGGCAUGGGUUUCAGCAGGACACAAGCAGUCACCGCGCUUGAGGAACACGGGUACGACGUUCAGAGAGCCCUGAAUAGCUUACUAGGUACACAAUAAUUUGUUUGAGACGCCUGAACUUGAAUGCUGUUUUGUGUCUAUGGCUGUGAAUGAUUCGAAAUUGUUUGCCACCGAGGGGCACCUGUACUCGUCACUCGUUCUCUCUCCGUGCUCCCCCCACCCUCGUUUGGAUACCGUUAUGAUCCCCUUAUUCCCUUAUUCCCUCUCCGCCUCGUGUUCCGUUUCUGAUGACCAAACUAAGUAAUCCGCUAUUCUUCCAAACCUCCGGAAUGGAAACCUGGACGCUCGCUCGCUGCUUUUCCCCUUGUCUCCCUUUCCGUGGCACACGUGGCAAACGUGUUGGCUGUCGUGCCACUGCACGCCCGCUUCCUUUGUGUCGGAUGGAGAGCGACAGUACGUACACUGACCCCUAUCUGCCAAUGUUAUCC